AUGUUCUUUGAUGGGUCUUCAUACGACUUUUAUGGAGGAGCAGGAAUAGUCUUCGAAGCACCUAAGAAAGAAUUGUUAUCAUUCGCUUUCAAGCUAGACUUUGAAUGUAGCAACAAUGUGGCGGAAUAUGAAGCACUAAUCCUCGGAUUACGAUUGGCGGAGGAUCUCAACCUAGGAGCCAUUGAUGUCAAAGGAGACUCAAAUCUAGUCACAAACCAAAUAUCGGGCGACUUUCAGGAGAUGGCACGAACAGCUAAUGCUUGUACUAUGGUAGGACUAGAAGAUGCCUACAAUAUUAAACUGCAAGUGCACAAUGUCGAUAUGCAACACAGAGCAAUCACAGGUCGAUCCACAGGGACAAGCGAUGAAGAUUUGAGUCUGCCGCAUAUUCAAGGUGAUCUGAAGAUGGAUAAUUAA